GGCCCCUCCGCUAUGGGAGCGGGCAGGGCGCCGCGCCGCGCCGGGGCCGCCGCUGGGCAUGUGCCAGGCUCGGCCGCCGCCGCCGCCGCGUGAGCUUGGCCGGUAACCGGGAGCUGCGGCCGAACCGCCUUUCCCCCCCCCCCCCCCCCCCCCCCCCCCCACCCCGUGCCGUCGCCGUUUCGUCGUCGCAGUCACCGCCGCCGUUACCGCCGCCGCCGCCGCCCCGGGCAAAGCCGGCGGCGGGUGCCAUGAGCAGCGGCUGCGCGUCCCCCGCGGCGGCAGCGGGGCGGUGACGGAGCGCGGGGCCGCCGAGGCGCGAUGGCCGGCAGCGGCUACACGGACCUGCGGGAGAAGCUCAAGUCCAUGAUGCCUUACCGGGACAACCCCAAGGGGCCGCGGGAGCCCGCCGAGCCCCCCCCUUACGAGCGCAAGCGGCGUUACCACGAGGACUCGGCCUCGGAGCCCAGCGACUACGAGGAGCAGCAGCAGCAGCAGCAGCAGAAGGAGGAGGAGGAGGAAGCCCGGAAAGUGAAGAGCGGCAUCCGACAGCUUCGCCUCUUCAGCGCCGAGGAGUGCGCCAAGAUCGAGGCCCGCAUCGAGGACGUGGUGUCCCGGGCGGAGAAGGGGCUCUACAAGGAGCACACGGUGGACCGGGCGCCGCUGCGCAACAAGUAUUUUUUCGGGGAAGGUUACACCUACGGGUCGCAGCUGCAGAGGCGAGGGCCCGGCCAGGAGCGCCUGUACCCGCGGGGGGAGGUCGACGCCAUCCCCGAGUGGGUGCACGACCUGGUGAUCAGGAAGCUGGUGGAGCACCGGGUGAUCCCCGAGGGCUUCGUGAACAGCGCCGUGAUCAACGACUACCAGCCGGGGGGCUGCAUCGUCUCCCACGUGGACCCCAUCCACAUCUUCGAGAGGCCCAUCGUCUCCGUGUCCUUCUUCAGCGACUCGGCGCUCUGCUUCGGCUGCAAGUUCCAGUUCAAGCCCAUCAGGGUGUCGGAGCCCGUCCUCUUCCUGCCCGUCAAGAGGGGCAGCGUCACGGUGCUCAGCGGAUACGCAGCCGACGAAAUCACACACUGUAUUCGACCGCAGGACAUCAAGGAGAGGAGAGCCGUCAUCAUCCUUCGGAAAACAAGACUAGACGCACCUCGAUUGGAAACAAAAUCGCUGAGUAGCUCUGUGUUGUCACCAGGUUACACCUCCGACCGCCUGUCGGGGAACAACAGGGACCAGAUCCUGAAACCCAAGCGGUCCCAUCGCAAAGCAGACCCCGAUGCUGCUCACAGGCCACGGAUUCUAGAAAUGGAUAAAGAGGAGAACAGGCGCUCGGUCCUCUUACCAAAACAUAGGAGACGGAGCAACUUCAGCUCCGAGAACUAUUGGCGAAGGUCUUACGAGUACACGGAGGACUGUGAUGAGGAGGAGGAGGACGGCAGCCCGGCCAGGAAAGUUAAAAUGAGGCGACACUGAGGAAUGCACUUUCCGGGCUCGUGGAGCUGAUGAGAUUGGCCUCCAGUCUGUGAAAACUUUCUCCUCCCUCUGGCUAUCUUCCAUCUAGCUUCAGUUUUGGUUUUUCCUUUCAGGCUGAAGAGUAAACAGGAAGGAUCUAGCGAUUUGUUUUUAUGAAUGGAGGAAUGCUGAGACAUAUGUAAGGAUGGAACAUGUCCAGUGCACAUGGUGUCCUGAGUCAUGGGUCAAACGGGCAUCUCUCCCUUAGGAAGCAGAUAAAGUUAUGCCAGGCUGUCUGUUGGGAUUUCUUUUGAAAACACCAAAAAGUUUAACUGUUUCAUUGCGCAAGAUUCAAGAAUUGUAUUUUUGUUUUUUUUUUGUUUUUUUUUUUUUUUUGCUUUAACUUCCUUUCCAAAUGUUCUAAAUAUGAUGUUAGACCCCAGGAGCUGAAAUUCUCUGUGGUGGCCUCGUAUUCCUUGCUUCACCAAAGGGCUCCUUGGUCUGCUGUUACCUAGUUGUCGUUGGGUUGUGUUUUAAGAGUGUGCCCUGCAGUAACUGGAAGUUUGGAGCUUUGCAGACCCCUCUUACUGCGUUGGUUACAAAGGGUUUAGGACAUUUGUGUUGCACUUUAGUACCAGUUUUAAAUGCCGUAGAUUUUCUUUCCGGUCCCUCUUCCCAAGCCAGCUUGGGCUCACAGCCUCGUGUCCCCGGGCUGCCCUCUCCGAGAAGAAUGUGCUUACCCCUGGCUUCUCAGCGCUGGCCUGACCGGCGAUGUAUUUUGGUUGAGGAGGGAGGAAACGGGGCCGAUUUCACUGAGGCCAGGCCGGCAUCGCCCUGAGGUCCGUGUUGGAGCCCGGGGGCUGCAGUAUCAGCACCGAGUACGUGCUGCUUUCCGGGGACAGCAAAGAGAAGCGGGGGAGGGCUGUGCUUGUGAGGAUGCUGGGCUCGGGGCCGCCCGAGAAAAGCUGUCCUCCGCCUCCUGGCAGCGUGGCGGGCUGGUUUUAACAUCCUGCCCCUGCUGGGUGGAGGGAGAGGAGCCGGCAGGGCACCCCGUGCCGAGGGCAGGCGCCGAUGGGGCCGCCGGGGAGCCGGGCACCUCGGCUGCCGUCCGUCCCCUCCGAGGCUGGCUCUGGGAGCGGGGACGCUGCCGGGUCAGUGCGUUCAUCAGAAAUAUCCACCGAUGCCCUGCUCGUCCCGCUGCGUGUCCCUGGGGCAGGGAGUUUGUGGCUGCCAGGGGAAAUGCUGAGCAGCAGCAGGCGUUUGGCCGCGAGGAGGUAACGCGAGGAGGUCUGCCUUCUUCCUCGUCUUCUCCCAGCUGGUUCGCGUUCGCCCAGCCUGAAGCCUGGGCGCCUUCCAAGUUUGGGGCCCAACACCGUAUUUAGAACCCUACUUUUAAGGAACUUCCUCCGAUUGAUUCUUUGAACCCAAGUGUUGGCAGUCGUAAGGAGUAGUCUUAUUUUUAAAUUUUUACCGCUUUGCCCUCCCUCAAACUGUAGUUUUUCUUAGUGUCGUGUCCCCCACACUUCAUGGUCUGCACGCUUGGCAAUAAAAAGAUGUAAUAUAUUU